AUGUCAGAAAAUAUCAGACAUGAUGAGGAGUGGCUGCCGUUUGGCACUUUGGGAAGCAUCACUGGCAAGGAAUCCAUGGAAGGCCAUCUCCCUGACUGGCUCGAAGAGGGCACAGAGCCCUCUCUACGUGACUCCGAGGAUGACGUGCCACCCAUGCCUGCAGUCACACAGAUAUCCUUGCAGGGAGUAGGGCCAGGCUCUAUCACUGCCAGAACCUCACCCAUCAUCCUGACUUCUACUGAUGGGACCCCUCCUUCUGGUUCUUUCAGCAGCCAGGAUGGGCCCAAGGGAACUUAUAUGGAUCUGGAUCAGUUUUAUGCAGAUAUCAAUGAAGAAAAGGAAAAUGAGGAAGAGGAAGAGGAGGAAAGUGAGAGUGAGGAGAUCGAGGAAGAGAAGAGCGAGGAUGAUGAGGAAUCUGAUAGCGAGGAUAACGUCGAUGAGAACAACAGAGAAGACAAUGACGACGGCUGA